AUGAAUAACAAUUUUGUUGGCGCUUCAACUACCGCCCCAGGCAUGAAUAACUAUUCUCAACCAUACAAUACUUAUCAACAAUCUCGUCCCCAACCUGGUCAACCAUCUCAACAACAAAGUCCAAAUCAACAACAAGCUGUUGCUCAAACUGGUGCCCAACAACAAGGGAUCAACAGAGCUACUGCUCCUUAUUACAACCAAUAUGACCAACAGCAACAACUUGGCCAACAGCAACAGCUUUAUGGUGCCAACUAUGGUCAACCAGGAUUACAACAAUAUCAACAACAGCCCAACUAUUAUCAACAAACAUCAGGUACGUCAACAGGUCAACAACCUCAAAGCAACUUGAACCAAUAUGGUGUUCCUCAAUACAAUCAAUCAUUCGUAAACUCAUAUAAUCAAGGUGUACCAGGUUACCAAGCUGCUACAACUGCUUCUUAUGGCUAUCCUGGGUCAUACCCAGCUCAACAACAAGUUGGUACAGCUCAAUUCAAUCCAAAUGAUACAAAUUCUCCUUAUAAAGCUAAUACCCAAGUGAAUCCAUCAGUUCAAACUUCUGGUUCAAAUAUUAAUAUGGCAAAUAUCAGAGGUGGGUUACAAUCUGCUACAGCACCACCAUUAAUUGAUCCAAAUCAAGUUCCUCAACGUCCGAAAUUAACUACAACUUAUUGGGAAGAUGAAAACACAGUUUGUUAUCAAGUUGAAAGUAGAGGUAUUUCAGUCUCAAGACGUGAAGAUACAAAUUUCAUUAAUGGUACCAAAUUGUUAAAUGUUGCAGGUAUGACUAGAGGUAGAAGAGAUGGUAUUUUAAAAUCUGAAAAAGUUCGUUACGUUGUUAAAAUUGGUGCCAUGAACCUUAAAGGUGUUUGGAUUCCUUUUGAAAGAGCUUUAGAAUUAGCAAGAAAUGAAGGUAUAGUAGAUUUAUUAUAUCCAUUAUUUGUUAAAGAUAUUAAAGAAUUAUACCAAGGCCCUCAAUACUCAGGUGGUUUAACCGCUGCUGCUAACAGUAAUCCAAAAAACAUCGUACCAGUUCAAGUUACAAAUACAACAUAUACCCCAAGUGCUUAUGCCACUAGAGAGAAAAAAUUGAAUCAAACUUCAACUCCAAAGGCUGAAGAUGAUAAGAAAUCUCAAACUCAACAAACUCCAAACAUAACUUCAACUGCUACUGCAAAUCCAACCAUUGGAGCUACAUCAACAAAUCCAAAUCAAUAUCCAACUGCAACUUCACAACCCCAACAAUUACCUUAUGGUGCUUAUUCUGGUGCUACAGCUUAUCCAUAUUCUAACCAAUACUCUUAUGCUCAACCUCAAGCUGGCGCAAUUGUUGAUCCAUCUGGUGCUUCAUCAGCUCAACCUUAUCCACAAGGUGCCGGUUAUUACGGUUAUCAACAACCCGUUGGCCAAACUGAUGGUUCAGUACCAGCUUCAAAUUUAGAUUCUGACAAAAAGGUAGAUGGUGAAGAUAAAAAAUAG